AUGGCAGAGUUGUAUUUCAAUGACCGCCGCGUUGACGGCCGCAAAACAACAGAACUACGCACCAUUUUUUGUGAAUUCUUGCCUGGAUUGGCAGAUGGUUCUGUUCUUCUACAGCAGGGCAAUACGAAAGUUACUGCCUCAGUAUUUGGCCCCCAUCCUUGCAACGUCAAAGCUGACGAAGUACCUGAUGAGGUUUAUAUUACCUGUCAGUACAAUCGUCCUCCAUUCGUUAACACGUCUGGCAGCCGACAGAAGCACACCCAUUCUGACAAAGUUUCAGCAGAAUAUGCAAUGACUAUCGAGGAAGUUUUUUCGGCACUAAUUCGUGGAUCAAUUUAUCCAACGGCCCAACUCGAUAUAUUUAUCGAGGUUCUCCAGUCAGACGGUUCGGAAUUCAGCACUGCUAUCAACGCUGCCAGCCUAGCCCUGGUAGCCGCUGGAAUCGAAAUGAUUGGCUUCGCUGUUGCGUCAACUGUGGGCUUUUAUGGGUCACGUUUAUUCGCUGAUCUGUGUCGGUAUGAGGAGAAUUCUCGUGUUACCCGAGUCACUGUUGUCUGCCUCUUCGGUAACACAGAUUCAGGUGCAAACGUCCUUACAGGCGACUUCGAACCUUCCCUUCUACCUUCUUCUUUGCCUCAGCACCUCUCCGGUGCCCGCCUCCUUCACACGCGACUCUCAUCGUGGCUUCCCUCGGAUAAGCUGAUCAUCCUCAUUCGUGGUGCUGUUGAGGUGGCCAAAGUCAUUCAUGGUGAACUUGCUGAGAAUUUGAGGCGAUACGUGAAGCUCUCUGAGCGCAUGUAA